AACUUCUUGUGUAGACUUUGUUUAUUGUUGUACUUAUCCCUAACCUGACCUGCCGGUCUCUCAUAAGGGAGGCUAUUGGUUAGUAAGUUCUUCGAGUAAAUAUUUUUUUCCUCGCCAACAACCAGAGUUGAUAACUAAACAGAAAUGUAGCCGCUACUAAGAAAUAUCGAAACCUAUCGAUUUUCUUGAUCAGGUAAAUGAAUCAACUAACAGUAAUGUAUGACUGAUUACAUGUAGGUCAGCCGUUUACCUAUUUACGGAAGUCUCGCCGACUUGGUUUUGUGACAUGACAGGGACACGCUGACUGACGCUUAGUCGCAAGCAGACGGCACAAAUUAACAGCAAAAAUAUAAUUUGUCGCCAUGGUGUUGGAGAGAAGACCGCAGUGGACGCGGAGAGCGUUUCUGACAUCCUGGAUUGUUAUUUGCCUUAAGUUCUGUGUUUCCGUGGCUGCACAUACGUCUUCAAGUUAUCCACAAUUUCAAGAGCAGCAGCCGUCUAGGCUAGUUCUAGUGCAGAUGUUAUUCCGACAUGGUGACCGCAGCCCCAUCUCUGUGUACCCCACAGACCCAAAUGGUGCAGCUGUCUGGCAGCAGGGACUUGGACAGCUGACACAGGUUGGAAUGAAACAGGCAUAUAACUAUGGAAAAGAACUCAGACAACGAUAUAUAGGCCCUGGAAUUUUGCCACCCAAUUACAACAGGUCAGAGGUUUAUGUACGAAGUACAGAUGUUGAUCGCACAAUAAUGACAGCUCAGAGCCUUCUGACAGGGCUGUAUCCUUCAAAUUUUUCUGAUUGGGAGUUUGGCACAUGGCAGCCAAUACCAGUGCACAUGGAAUCAGGGAAUUCAGAUCAGCUUUUUGGACAUGCUAUGUGCCCACAGUUGGAAAAAGUCAAAAGAGAAUGGCAGAGCAGAUCAGAAAAAUUUCUGAACUUUCAUGCAAGAAACAAGAUGCUGUACGAUGUAUUGAGCAGUCACACAGGGAUGAAUGUAGCAGGUGAAAAUGUUGGAGGCAUUGCUGAUACAGUCUUCUGUGAGACACAGCACAACAUGACACAACCAGCUUGGCUGACACAAAAUAUUCACACUAAGCUCAUGGAGGUUCGCAAUCAGGCGACUGAGCUGGCGUUUGCAGCUUCAGGUACAGCUCGACUUUUUGCAGGACCACUGCUAGCUGACAUCAUCAGCAACAUGGAGCAGAAAGCCAAAAACGGCUCUGCAUACAAACUACUUCUGUUUUCUGCUCAUGACAGCACUGUGAUAGGACUGUCAUCAGCAAUGGGAGUAUUCAACAACCUGCAUCCUCCUUACCUCUGUAGCAUUAUUAUCGAACUGUUCCAGCAGGGGGGUAAUUUUUUUGUUCGGACACUCUUCCACAACCAUUCAGCAGAAGUUCCAUACAACAUGACAGUUCAUGGUUGUCCAAUUAUGUGUCCCCUGGAACAGUUUUCUGAUCUUUUACAAGAUCAGAUAUUGCCCAGCAAAGACAGAGCUGUAGCAUGUGCUGAGUCAAAGUCUGUGUCUGACAUCUUGAAACAGAAUGCAAUACCAGCACUUGUGGGGGCAGUGAUGGUGCUUAUUGCGCUCAUCGUCUGUGUGACAUACAAAUUAGUGAAACUCAAGAAACAGCAGAGGCAAACAAAUCUUCGAUACCGCCAGCUACUGCAAGAAAAUGGCGAGGUGGAGACAGACGAUGAAGAGGAUCUUGAGUCAGCAUCUUAGUCAGCAUUUUUCUACACAAGGUUUGGGACUCUUGGUAUCCAUUUUACAUUUAAAAUGGAUUUAAUGGGAAAUACCCAUUUUGUGGUGGUGUGAUUACUUGGUUAUCUCUAUUUUCUUUCAUGCUUCAUUAAAGUGUGGUCUACACACACACAAAAAACCGUCAAAGAAACCACAUGGUUAUAAAGAAGUGAUGCACUGAAAGCGCCAUUUGUGUCUUUAGGAAGAGAAGGUUAUAACAGGACAUUAUUUUAUCAUUAAUUUAGAAAUAUGUUGAAAACAAAGAAAUAUAAGCAAAUUGUGAUGAAUUUUAUAGAUACUAUAGUGUUUAGGAUAAGAGGAAAGAAAUGUAGUGUGAUUUUGAACAGAUAUUGUAUUAUCAAAUCAAAUUUUAUUUCUGUCCGAGGAAGUCCAAGACAGAAAUGUUUGUUUUGCUCAUAAACCCAACCCCAUAUACAAACAUAAUAUGAGCAUAUAUAACACACACACCUACACUUUCUCACUCAAGUAAACCUCCUAAGAAGUAUGCCAGGUAGUAUGGCAGCCCUUCGAGUUUUUGUGCCUUUUAUUUAGGAUGGUGAUGGCUGCUGGCAUGAAGGACCUCUGGUAGGAAGUUUUUCACACAUUUAGGCACUUUGUAGCACCUGCCCGAGGGCAACAGCUGAAAUUUGGGAUGGAGAGGGUAUGUUUGGUCUGAAGUGAUGUUCUUUGCCAUCUUUCUGACUGCAUGAAGGUACAAGUCAGAAAGUGGCAGCUGUGGUGUACCAGUAAUUUUAUUUGUCUGGUGAAUAACUCUGGCCAGUCUUGCCUUGUCUUUGACGAGGAGGUGAUCAUACCAGGCAUCGAUGUUAAAUGAGAGGAUGCUCUCAACAAGUGACCUGUAAACAGUUUUCAGCACCCAAGAGCUGAUUGCAGCUGCAUGACAGUUGAGAUUUCAUCUUUCUGUGUGUCUGUAUGACCUUUUAUUUAUAUGUGGGCCCUGAAUUGGAACUUUAUAAAUACAUUAUUAUUAUUAUGUUGUACUGUCUCAUGCUUGGGUAUAUGUAUAUUUGCAUAUGUAAAUAUGAGGACAAAAUAAACAUGACUAAAUAUUUGUUGUACAAUUAAAGUUAUUUUGAAUCCAAGUGACAGGUGGUUGUGACAAUUCUUUUAUGUUUUAAAGCUCCCUUUUUAUUUUCAAUUUUUCUCUGCUGAGAUCAAUAUGGAAAUGCAUCUUGAAGAGAUUUGUACUUUUGUGUCAAAUAUCAACUUGGUUGGGACUAUCAGUUAAACCAGUGGCUUAUACAUCACCCCUUUCCUUACAUAUUAUUAGAAUUGGUCAAGUGUGACAGGCUCAAGAAGUGUAGUCAUCAUCAUUGUCAAGCAAGUCAACAAAAUUAUGAAUUCAUCAAGGUUUCUAAAUGAGUUGGUAUUAGGUGUUAUCACUAUAUAUGUGUUCUGGAAGGCAGUUCUAGAGAAGGGCUAUCCUUUAAGAAUAUCUGUGAAUGUUAGCACAGCUGUGUUGUGUAUUGAUUUUGUUGUCUAUAUUCCAUGUUACAAACAUUUGACUAAACAUGAAGAAUUUGUAUCGACGUCAUUGAUUAUGUUAAGCUUCUGAUUAAUUUUAGAAUAUCCUUCAGCAUUAAAGAAGACAGAUUUUUCAGAAAUAGGUAAAGAUAUCUGGUUUUAUGGUGACUUAUCUGAAACUAUCAAAAAGAUUUAAUCAAAAUAAAUAUUUUAAUGAAGCUUUUGAAUACUGUGAUUUUUUUAUGUGAUUUGUGUUCCGACAAUGACACUUGAGCCUUAUGGUUACAGAGGAACAUUUGCUGGUGUAAAUCAAGCAUCAUGACUGUGUUGAUGCUAUACAAAUCAAGUGUUGUGAUUUUGUUGAUACUAUGAUCUUAACAUGAAUGUAGUUAGAUGUAAUCAAAGGCUGCUAAGGUGCUCAGAGACUGCAACUGCAGUGUGCAUAUUUUUGAAUAAAGGUUUGUGGAUAUCAUGUUAAGAAGGUGCCGGUGGCUUUUCCAUGUGUACUUAAAACUUUAGCGUCCAUGUUCUUGGUCCUUUCCACUUUGUCAUCAAGUACAUAUCGUGUUAAAAUGUUGGAGGAGGGUAUGCAGAUAUUUCAAGCAGUUGGAAUGUAAGCUUUUCCGCCUUUUCCCUUUUCUCAUAAAAUAGUGCUGGUUCAGAUUUGUUAAAUCUCAUGCUUACUUGAUUUGUUUUUACAGAUAUUUUAAUCGCUUGAUCCAUUUUACAUUCAACCUCUGUGUAACUACAGAUACUUUCUACUCUGCAAGGAAGUCUUUGAUUAAAAUGAUGUGACACAAAGCUUGCUUUUUUAUGUACAGUCAUUAGUGGGAAUGAUUGUUAUGCUGUAGUUUUUAAGGGGACCAUAUAUGUAUAUAUACACUCAAGGUGUCGAGAAAUGUAUACACACACCUUAAAUAAUUACAAAGUCAUUGUGUAUUAACAUACAUUUCAUUAUCAAAAUGUAAUGUCUUGACACACUAUCUGAUUGGUUAGUCAACAUCUGUUUUCAAACUGAUGUCCAUUCUGAUAAUGCAAACAAUGGAAUUGUAAGCAUCAAAAAUAUUUGUACUGUACUUCAAUUGCGUUUUCAAACUUCCAGUAGCAUUUUAGGAUGAAUUCUAAAACAUGAUAGGUUAAAUCUUAAAAUAAACAAAGAUCAGUUAAGCUAUCAGUUGUUGCAUGUUGACAUUUUGAGACACACUAUAUUACCUAGAGCAACUCACUAUUUGUUCUACAACUACACAAUUUUGAAAGUCUUUUAUUAUUUGUGAGAAAAAAGUCAAAGGGAAUUAAAAUUGUUCAUCUGUCUCA